AUGUUUUCUCCUAAUUUCUUUUUUUUUUGUUUUGUUUUCUCACAAAUUAAAAGCGUUAUAUCUCAAAAAUCUGCAUUUUGUCACAAAGAUUACUCUAAAAAUUGUGCAGAAGAAUGGACCAAAUUAAGUGCUUCUGAAGAAUGUGUGGCCCCUUUAUCAUAUAGGGGACCAUGUCCUAGAUAUUUACAAGCAGAGCAUGAAACUAAAAAGAAAAAAUUACUAGAAAGAGAAUGUAACAUUUUUUGGCCUUGCUUAGAUAAUUGUGAAAAAGAUUAUUCUUCUCAGUGCCCUACAAAUUGGGUACCAGAAGAUGAAAAAUAUUGUCGCCCAUUGUCUAUUUAUGAAGGUACUUGCUUAUUACCUUAUGAUUUUUCAAAUAUGACUAAUGAGCAGAAAGAAAUAUGGAGUAACAAAUGUUCAUCUUCAUGGCCAUGCAAAGAAAAAUGUAAAAAAGAUUAUUCCAAAAUUUGCCCAAAGGGAUGGAUUAAAGAGAAUGAUGGUAUGUGCUUGGCUCCAAAAAAUUAUAAUGGCCCUUGUUUGUCUAGGGCAUCCCUCACUACUCUUGAUAAAGAUAUGAAAGUGGCUUUUGAAAAAUUAUGUAAAUUAAAUUUCCCAUGUCUGCAAGAGUGUAAAAUGGAUGAUAAUGACCCUUGUCCAAAAGAUUGGAUUUUAAAGUCAGAUGAAUUUGGAACUCCUCAGAAUUGCUUGCCCCCCGAUUAUUAUAAUGGAUCAUGUGACGAACAUACCAAAUUUAUUGGUUUAAAUUCAACAUUAAAAGAAAGUUUAGCAUAUGAAUGUGAUAUAAAAUGGCCAUGUGGUAUUGACACUACUAAAUUAAUUAAUUAUGAAGAAUAUUGUCCAGAAUAUUGGACUCAAAGUGAAAAGUAUUGUAUUGCUCCCCAAAGUUAUAUGGGUCCAUGUUCAAAAAAGAAGUUAUUUCAUUCGUUUAAAAAAGAAAUUAAAAAAGCUUAUGCGGAAGAAUGCAACAUUGAAUGGCCCCUCUACAAAAACAAUAGAGAAGAAUACUUACCAAAAAUUUCGGCUUUGAGAAAAGGGAAAUAUAGUUAUGGAUCAGUUGAACCAAUUACAGGAAAUAUUAUUUCAGCUAUGAAAUAA